UCCACUUUUGAUUAAACUCUAUGCGUGGGGGGGUAAACGUUGUAAAUUUUGACAGCUAUGGCAUCUCAUCCCACAAAAAACGUUUAUUUACCAAUUUAAUUGAAAAUACAUUUUGGGGCGAAUGUAUACACGAAAGAUUUAAAUAAACGUCGUUAAUUUAAAAUUGGGCGAUGUCGGAAAGUAGCGAUACGGAGGAAUUCUACGACGCGGAAGAUAACACCCCAAUACACGGGACUAGAAAAAGCCGUAAACCAUCCAAAGAAACAGAAAAGAAAUCGAUCCCUAUUGUAUCCGAAGAUGAUGGUGAAAAGGAUAAAAUCAUAGAAAUCGAGAAACAGGAUAGUUUUAAUUUCCAACCCCCUUUGGUAUUAUUGCAAGGUGGGCGAAAGAAAUUUAAAGAAAUCAGGCAAAAAUUAACUGAUGAUGAAGAUGUAGUUGUUACCAAUAACACACCUCCAAAUUCAACCUCUUCCAUUGAAGGUGUUUACGCUUCUGGAACUAAAACUUCACACCCUUUUAGGGUUAUUGAACAUGAUACUGUUAGUUUACAAAGUUAUAACUCUUUAUUACGAGCUGGAAGAAUCCCUAAUAUUCCUGAUGGAUCAAUCAUAUCAGAAACAAAACGCACAGCUUCAGCUUCCGCUUUAUCAAACAGUUCCCACGAUUCUUCCACAACCAGUUCGAAAAAUACCUCUGAAUAUCCAAGUACUAUAACUUUAUCGACUAACGUUGAAGUGGUACCAAUAAUAAAGCAAAAAGAAUGUCUUCCGUUACAAGAGCCGGAUGUUAUAGCAAGCACGAAAGCAAGUUGUUCGAAAAUAGCCGAAGAAAACGAACAACAACGUUCGAAAGAUGUCCCCAUAGCACCACCGAGGCGUAAGAAGAAAUUAAAGCGGGUCGGAUCAAGUCAAAGUUUAACCCCGUCUUUAUCAGCCGAUUCAUUUUCGGUUGUUCAACAAGCACUUUCAAGUCCAACGAGUACGAUUGAGUCGUUAACGAAAGAGUUUGAAUGCUCAUUAGAUAAAGGGAAAGUUAUACCGAAAAGUCAAUCGGAUUUAUCUGAAAAUAAAUCGAAAUCGGCUUCGAUUAAAUCGGGAUAUUCGUUGGAUAUUAAACAAAUUUCAAAGGGACAAUUUGUGGUUAAAGCACAAAAUGAUUAUGUACAGGAAAAUGAAGAGAGUAAUAAAACAUCUCGAGGUUCAGCUUCUCGAAGCAGUAUUGGUCAUUAUAGUUUGGGCCCACAUCGAACAACAAAUAAAAAACCCGCUUUAAAAGUUCGCCGCCGAUCGGCGGGAGAUGAAAACAUGCUCAAACAAAUAAAUUUAUCCGUUCGAACCCGAACUGAUUCUGGAAAACAAUUAACCGACCUUGAAAUUCUUGAACAAGUUACCGUUUUAAACCUAGACACCGGAGAACGAAUCCCUUUAAGCGUAGCCGAAGAUAAACUACCACAAUGCAUAAACCCCCUAUCUUUACACAUAAUGAGGUUAACAUCUGAGUAUGUAAGCAGUUCAAGUAUGGAAAAAGAAAAGGAAUCCGACGAGGAAUCGGUUUCUAGUAAACAAACAGUUCCGUUAGGUGAUUAUAACGAUGUUGAAAUUGGUAAAGUUCGUAGAAGAACCGAAAGGAUUAAAAGAUUUUUGGGUUCUACAGUUCGUAAAACUGUUGAUAAAGCAAAAAGUAUCGCCCAAGAGGUGUCUCACGCUCGCCAUAAAGAAGAUGUUGUUGAUUUGGUGGAUGAGGUUCACCCAGGGGAACAAAACAUUAAAUUAAAAGCGUCAAAUUCUCAUAAAGGACCAUAUGAAUUCGAAAAGAUCCAACAUGUUCAAGAAUUUAACGAACAUGAAGGUCCAAUUUGGUGCAUGAAAUUCUCUCAAUGUGGGAGACUUUUAGCUACGGCUGGGCAAGAUAAAGUUUUAAGGAUUUUUGUUAUUAAAAGUGCUUUUACUUAUUUUCAAGAUAUGCGUACAAAAUAUAACGCAGAAAAAGUUUCUCCAACACCAUCACAAGAAUCUUUAGUCUCCCAUCAUUCUUCAGAUAAUUCCGGAUUAGCAGCUUUGGAUGCUUUAAAUUCCGACGAAGCAAAUAAAUUAAUUUUUAUGCCAAAACCAUUUUGUACCUACACCGGACAUACUUCCGAUUUAUUAGACGUUUCUUGGUCCAAAAAUUAUUUCAUUUUAUCAUCAUCCAUGGAUAAAACCGUCAGGUUAUGGCACAUAUCUCGUAAAGAGUGUCUUUGUUGCUUCCAACAUAUUGAUUUUGUAACCGCGAUCGUUUUUCAUCCGAGAGAUGAUCGAUAUUUUUUGAGUGGUUCUUUAGAUGGGAAAAUCCGUCUGUGGAAUAUUCCAGAUAAAAAAGUAGCCGUUUGGACCGAAGUUGAAGGUAAUCCAAAAUUGAUAACAGCAGCAAAUUUCUGCCAAAAUGGAAAAUUUGCUGUAAUUGGAUCAUACGAUGGUCGAUGUAUCUUUUACACAACGGAACAUUUAAAAUAUCACACUCAAAUUCACGUAAAAUCGAGUCGGGGGCGUAAUUCAACAGGUCGAAAAAUUAGCGGGAUUGAAUCGAUGCCUGGGGAAGAUAAAAUUUUAAUUACAUCCAACGAUAGUCGGAUAAGACUUUACGAUUUACGCGAUUUAAAUUUAUCGUGUAAAUAUAAAGGUUACGCAAACGUUAGUAGUCAAAUUAAAGCCAGUUUUAGUCACGAUGGGAAAUACAUCGUAAGCGGAUCAGAAAAUCGAGAUAUUUAUAUUUGGAGAACUAAUCAUGAUUAUUCUAAAUUCUCUUCGGUGAGAAGAGAUCGAAACGAUUUUUGGGAAGCGAUUAAAGCGCACAAUGCUGUGGUGACUUGCGCAAUUUUUGCACCUAAUCCCGAUGCGAUCAUCAAAAUGAUUGAUGAAGAGAAAAAUCAAAACGAAGAAAAUUCAAACAAUGAAAAAGUAAACGAUCCUGUUGUUGAACAACGCACAAAAGGAUGUGGGGGUUAUGUUUUAGUUUCAGCUGAUUAUAACGGAUGUAUUAAAAUAUUUAUAAACAAAAUGAAACCGAAACAUAGUUCAUUACCGGCUUCCGCCCUUGCUUAAAAUCCAUCAAAAUAAAUAAGUAAAAUUUUUUUUUCUUAUUGGUUUAAAGUUAAAUAAACCAGGUUGUAAUUUCUAAUGUUUCUUUCUAUCAACUUAUUUAAUUACAAAGUUCUUAGCCCAAUUCAACUUGAAUUACUAACGAUUGUGAUUUUUAAUGAUUUUAAAACAAGAGUCAUAUAAUUUUAUACAUAGAAUUAUUGGUUAAAAUUGGUGUAAAUAUUAGUAGGAUUAAUUGAUUGUAGGUAAAUUUGUUUUAAUGUUAUAUUAAUAAACGAUAUAUGUUUGAAAUGGUGUCAAA